AUGUCAUUGCCAUCCGUUGUCGCCACCACCAUUUGUGUUUUGGAGGAUAGAUGUCAUAUUGAUCACACUUUGGAUGCUAGAGUUUUACGUGAAUUCAAAAACAAGAUGAAGAACGGAAAGAGAGUCAAGUUUUCAGGAAAGUUUAAACAUGUCGCUACCAUUUCAGAGGAUGGUGCCGGGAAAGUACUCAAACAUCCAAAUGAUGUUAAAAUUUCCAAUCAAUUGUCCAUGAUUAUCAUUUCUGAUUUCUUAAACGAUCGAAUUUUGUGUUUCCAAUUAUUUUCAUUUCAUUACUUGUUUUCCAUUCCGCUGAAUCGACCAGGUCGAAUGGAUCUAAAUAGAAAUGAUGACUUGAUCAUUGCAUCCAACUCAAUGAAAGUGUGCAAAAUUGAUUUAAGAAAUCGGAAUGAAAUUUGGAGCGUUGAAAGAGCAGGUCUUGCCAUCUGUGGAAUUUCGAUUGAAAAAAAACAUUCACAUCGAAUUUUUGUUUGUGAUGCCUCAACAAGAAAUCCAUGUAUCCAAAUAAGAGAACAAGAUGGAACAUUCCUAUCUUACUUUGAGCUUUCAGAGUUGUAUCAUCCCUUUGCCAUUGCUUUUGAUCCAAUAUUUAAUCAAGCCUUUAUCUCAUGCUACUAUGAGCAUGUUAUUGUCGUGCGUAGUUUGGAUCAUGAUACCAACACGAAAGAGUUGGUUGGAGGUUAUGGAGAGCAAGUUGGACAAUUAAGGCAACCACGUGGAAUCCUAUGGGAUGGUACACAGUUAAUUGUCUGUGAUUGCACCAACUGUAGAAUUCAAUUAUUUUCUCUGGAUGGACAUGUAAUCAAGUCCUUCGGAAGUAAGGGAAGUCAUCAAGUUGAUCAAUUUUGGUAUCCAGCAUCUGUUUGUCUGAAUGAGUUGAAUGGAGAAUUAUUUGUAGUGGAUAAUACGAAUCAUCGCAUUUUGGUGUAUCAAUGA